GUGCACCGGCAACAAUUGAAGAGCUCUGAGCUUCCAGGAAUACUCCCUCCAACAGCAACAAUCAUCAACCAGAGAAGGAUGUCUUUUCGCGGCAAGAAUGCAGUAGUCACUGGUGGAGCUGGAGGCAUCGGUCUCCAGGUGUCCAAGCAACUUCUAGCCGCCGGAGCAGCGAAGGUGGCCAUCAUCGAUCUGCAGGAUAACUUGGAGGAGUUCGUUAAACUGCGGGCAGCCCAUCCCACGCAGAGUGUGAUGAUCGUCAAGAUGGAUGUGGCCAACAAGAAGGGUGUGGAAGCCACCUACGAGGAGAUAGCUAAGACCUUCGGAAGCAUCGACAUUGUGGUGAAUGUGGCUGGCAUUUUCAAUGACAAGGAUGUCCAGCGCACUCUGCUGGUCAAUCUAGGAGGAAUCAUCAAUUCCACCUUGAGUGCCUUGCCUUACAUGGGCAAGGAUCACGGCGGCAAGGGAGGAAUCAUUGUCAACAUGAGUUCAGUGGUGGGACUAGACCCGAUGUUCAUCAUUCCGGUAUAUGGGGCCACAAAGGCGGGCAUCAUCAAUUUCACUCGCUGCCUGGCGAACGAAAAGUAUUAUCAGCGUUCUGGAAUUAGGUUUGUGACCGUUUGCCCUGGAGCUACAAUGACGGAUAUGUUCACCAACUUUACGGAAAAGAUCAUCUUCCCGGAGACCAGUGAUGAGACGUAUAGGAUUCUGGACAGGCUGAAUAAGCAGAGUGCCGCUGAUGUGUCUCGCUGUAUUCUCAGUGUCCUGGAGAAGGACAAAAACGGAGCUGUGUAUGUUAUCGAGGGCAAGCGGGUCUUUCCCCUGGACCUUAAACCCCAGUGGACGGGUAAAGAACAGGCCCUCUAAAUGGAAAUAUGUUCCUCAAACCUACACACUUAUAAUUAUUAUGUGAAAUAUCAAAUCAUCUAGUUGGAAAUUAGUCAUUUAAUAAACAAUCAAAGCACAC